AUAUUUUUGUAGAACAAGCAGACUUAAAAAUAAGUUGAUUCACCUCAUAGGAUAUAUACAUGCACAUGAUAUAGCUAUAACUGUUAUAAAAAUCAUGUAUUUUUGGUUAAGUGGACAUUUAACAGAUUAAACCUGAACUGGCAAGUUACUUAUUUAAAUAUCAGCGUCUAUCACAACCUCUAAUGUGGAAAAAAACGUUCAUGCUAAAGCUUCAUCUUCGUGCAAAAUUACUGAUUAGAUGUCUGAACACCUCGUAAUAGUAGUAUGAUAAAUUCUCACGCUUACCCACGCUUUGUAAAUCCAACAAGUCCAACAAUAACACAGUCACGUGUUAUUGCAGUUGGACUUUUUCUAUGAGCCUCAAACGCCGAUUUAAACAGAAUACGGACUCGGUACUGCCACCUACAGGCAUGUAGAUGAAACGCUCUCAUAGAUUCACUCACCUUUAUUAUUAUAGCGUGAUGCAUCUUUGGUCUUAAUAACACGUUCAUUGGUUCGGGUGGAAACGGCAGGGUUUUUGUUCCGUAUUGAAGGGCAGGAGCUUUAAACGUGGCAGCACUGGGUUAUUAACACGAAAGCGUCUUAUACAUAGAGAACCCAUACGCGCGGAUUAUGUGGGGUGGAUUUGCGCCAUGGAUACGAUGAGGCGCGUGGAGGAGAGCAGAGCGGAGCGGCGCGUGCGGUUCCGGGUGGCGUCGGCGCGCAGCGGCAAGGUGCUGAAGGAGGUGUUCAGGGAAGACGAGGAACUGAUUGAAGACUACGCGGACUCGGAAACAGCCGUCGGCUCGGAUGCUGAGCGCGCCAUGUCUCCCGCCGUCAGCGAGGCGAACGGGCAUCUGAUCAGCCUGGAGGUAGAGCAGCAGGACAACGCAGGCGAGGCGGACGACCUGUUGGUGUACGCGAGCGCAGCGCAUGAGCAGCUCUUCAGUCGCAAGCGCGUGAACAUCUUCAGCAAGAACGGCACGAUACGUGGCGUGAGAGACAAAGUGAGCGCUGGCCAAGUGCUCUUUAAUAAUCUGUCGAAACUCUACGGGGCCAAGGAGACCAUGUCUACAAAGAAGCUGCCUGCAGCAGUAUAAAGUAGUUCAGCGCAGAACACAGCCGCGCAUCUGGACCUGGGGAGGUUGCAUGAGGAGUAAUCUGUUCUAAAACUCUGUCUAAGGACCUACUGUUUUAGUCACCUUCCACUAACGUAAGAUUUAGAGAAUUGUUUAGGAGCUAAAUUUUCCAGGUUCAGUUCUGCACUUUUUGAUAUUUGAUAUUCUUAAAGAAAAUACAAAAUUUAAAAAAUAAUCUUUUGGAUAUUUUUAAGCAAAGGGUAAUAUGCUCAGACAUUUCUAGGACUGUGGAUGCUGUAUUUGCUUAUGCUCUUAUGGAAACAUCCAUACAGGAAGGCAUUCCGACCUGCUCUGAUGUACAGCAUGUGAUCAAACAUGGCAAAGUUUAUUGUGUUAAUCCAAAAAGUAUGAUAGUUCUUUUCAGUUGAAUCAAGUGAAUAUCUUCUUUUACAUACAGAAAUGUCAAGCUUGUAAGGUCAAGUUAAUAAAUAUUUUUGAAGUGGAAUUAAACUGCAGUAGGGGGAAAAAUAUCUCUAAAAUAAACUCCUUCAACUGAAUAUGAAAUGAUUAAAUGGCCGUUAACUUUAAGAUGACCAUUGUUUAUUGCAUUUGGUCCUCAUUUUUAAUACUCAAUAUUAGUUUGAAUAAUAAUGUAAAUAUGUUCUUUGUAUAAAUAUCAACUUUGUGGGAUUUUUAAUUUUAGUAACAGAUAUGAUGGGA